AUUGAAUAGUAUGGUGAAUUGGUGAUCAAUCAAAUUCAGUUCAAUUGCUUUUAAUUUGCUUCUUUUUUAUCUAUUCAAAUUGAAAAUCAUAGCUAUAAAAUUUUCCACUAAACAACACAAAUUGACCAGGUAUAUUAUCUGUCCACAAACAUUGCGCGCAGACUUAACCAUAAAAUUUCAGUUGCAAACGUAAGCAAUGAACCUGUAUAUUAUUCUUACAUUAAAAUCUCCCAGUCUCUUCAUCGUAGAAAGAGCAUGAAUCUGUGUGUGAAUCCACCAUGUUCGAUUACAUCCUUUUCAUGCUCCGCCGCGAAGAGGAAAGACAAGAAACACGAUCCCACUUACCGAAACAAGACACCAAGAAGCCUCCCUUUCCGGAAAUCACACCCAACCCCACUCUUGAUCCAGCGAAAACUCCACCCCCAAUCGAAGAAACAGGCGUUAGAAAACGUUAUAAGCGAGUUAGAAUCCUCGGCUGAAAAUGGCAUGAAAUUCAACGAUCCCCAGAUUUUUGCAUCCCUUUUGGAGUCUUGUUACCAGUUGGAAGCCGUUGAUUGCGGUGUUAGAGUUCACAAGCUUAUCCCUGAGAAGCUAUUGCGCAGGAACGUGGGGAUCGCGUCGAAGCUUUUAAGAUUAUACGCGUGUAGUGGGCAACUGGAGAAAGCCCACGAGAUGUUCGACGAAAUGCCUGACCGUAACUCCUCGGCUUUCCAGUGGAACUCGCUUAUUUCUGGGUAUGCUGAGAUGGGCCUAUAUGAAGAUGCAUUAGCGUUGUUCUUUCAGAUGGUGGAGGAGGGAGUUCGGCCCGACGAGUACACUUUUCCGAGGGCUUUGAAAGCGUGCGGAGGAGUUGGAAUGAUUCGGGUUGGGGAAGAAGUUCAUCGCUGGGUGAUUCGCUCUGGUUUUGGAAACAACACCUUUGUUUUGAAUGCUCUUGUCGAUAUGUAUGCUAAAUGUGGUGACAUUGUUAGAGCUAGGAAGGUUUUUGAUGGCAUUAAGGGAAAGGAGUUGGUUUCUUGGAAUUCAAUGAUUAUUGGAUAUGUUAGGCAUGGUUUGGUAAUGGAAGCACUCUCUCUACUACGCCGGAUGAUAGUUGAGGGAACUGAGCCAGACGGUGUCACUCUGUCCGCAGUUAUGACAAGCGUGCUGCUCGAGAAAAUUGGAAGAGAAAUUCAUGGAUGGGUUGUCCGUAGAGGGAUGGAGUGGAACUUAUCCGUGUGCAACUCAUUGAUGGUUUUCUACUCGAACCAGAAUGAUUUGGAGAAGGCGAAAUGGCUGUUUGAGUGUAUGCCGGAUAGGGAUGUGGUUUCGUGGAAUUCAAUAAUUUCAGCUCACUCUAAGGAUCCGGUAGCCCUGGAGUAUUUUGACCGGAUGAUGGAGUGUGAUGCCUCGCCGGAUGGCAUCACAUUCGUGUCCUUAUUGUCCGCGUGCGCUCACUCAGGAAUGGUUAGGGAUGGAGAGAGAUUGUUUCGGAUGAUGGUGGAGAAGUAUGAGAUGAGUCCGAGUAUGGAGCAUUAUGCAUGUAUGGUGAAUCUUUAUGGAAGAACGGGCUUGCUUGAUGAAGCGUAUGAGUUUAUAGCGAAGAGAAUGGAGAUGGAGGCUGGGCCGACUGUGUGGGGAGCGUUGCUCUAUGGUUGUUACCUUCAUGGUAACGUUGAGCUCGGGGAGAGAGCUGCAAACCAUCUGUUCGAGUUGGAGCCGGAUGGUGAGCAUAAUUUCCAACUCCUGAUUAAGAUUUAUCAGAAAGCUGGAUGUUUUGAGGAUGCAGAAAGAGUAAGAGGUGUGAUGAUGGAAAGAGGCCUUGAACUGUAGAUCAUGUGCUCGUAUGUGAAGUUUCAUUUGGUGAUGGAUCGAGAGUGUGCUUCCAUGAAAACUUGAUUCCACAACUUCAAAGAUCAAGUUCAUCUGAAGGUGGCAUGUUCAAACUAUAGAGCAGCAGAAAAAUAAGGUACCUCGUGUGCAGAACAUCUGUAGAUAUUUCGUGUUUUUUUUUUCUUCUGAAUUUUGUGUUAAAGGAAGGCUUUCAAACUCGAGGCAAGAAUCAUGCCUGCUGCAAGAAUAUGGCACGUGUAUCGAUUAGUUGCUUUGAUAGUAGAAGCGGUGUUGUGAUGCA